AUGGUACCACGUCCAUUGACGCCAGGCCCCACGGAGGCACUACUGCCGACCUUCUACGCUGGUAGAGAUAUCUUCAUCACCGGAGGCACAGGCUUCAUGGGCAAGGUGUUGUUAGAACGUCUGUUAUCAACGUGUCCCGAGGUGGGGCGGAUCCACCUGCUGAUGAGAGACAAGAAAGGACAACCACCUAACAAGAGACUGGUCCAACUCAAGCAGUCCCAGGUCUUCGAUAACGUGAGAGCUAACAAUCCUCGCCAGCUGGAAAAACUGGUGGUGGUGUGUGGGGAUGUGUCGCAGCCCCAACUAGGACUGGACAAUGAAGCCAUAACUGCACUCAGGGAGGUGUCUGUGGUGUUCCACUCGGCUGCCACACUCAAGUUUGACGAACCUCUUCCAGUGGCGGUGGAGCACAACGUCAGGUCUGUGGAGAGGAUAAUGGAAGUAUGUGACAAGCUGCCUAAUAUUCAGGCGUUCGUCCACGUGUCGACAGCGUACAGUAAUGCUGAUUUGUCGGUGGUGGAGGAGCGCGUGUACCCUCCUGCCAGGCCCCUGCGCCAGGUGUAUGCACUGGUCGACUCGCUGCCGGAGGAACUGCUAGCUACCAUCACUCCACAGUUCAUAUCUCCUAAACCCAACACAUACACAUUCACGAAAUCUUUAGCUGAGAACGUGGUGCAGGAGCACGGCAACCGGGGGUAUCCUGUCGCGAUUUUCAGACCUACAGUCGUGGUAUCUUCUCUCCGCCACCCUUUCCCAGGAUGGAUAGAAAACCUGAACGGGCCGAGCGGGAUGGUGGUGGCAGCUGGCAAGGGCCUGCUCCACGUCUUUGCAGUCAGAUCGGCAGCGCGAACUGACUUGCUACCCGUCGACAUAGCCAUUGAUACAUUAAUGGCUGUUGCUUGGGAAAUAGCUAUCGACAAACCAGAGCAGGUUCGAGUUUACAACUGCAGCACCUGCGAAAACCCAACUACGUGGUCUGACUUCAAGUCUAGCGUGAGGAAGCAUCUCCAUAAAAAUCCUCUGGACAAAGCCUUCUGGUACCCGUGCGGUUUCUGCGUUGAGAACAAGGUUGCACUAAAGACUCUGGAGAUGAUUUUGCAAACCAUUCCCCUGCAUAUGGCAGAGUAUAUCUCGAAAAUAAUUGGAAUUAAAUCAAAAUUAAGUUUGAUAAAAGUUAAUCAACGUUUAAAAUCUAUGAAUGAGGUAUUGAGAUUCUUUUCGACACGUGAAUGGUACUUCCAGACAGAUAAUGUCCGGCAUCUCAAAGAAAGACUAUCGCCCCAAGAUAGUGCUAUCUAUAACCUAGAUCCACACUCAAUAGUGUGGAAUGAAUUAAUGGAAAAUUUUGUAAAAGGCGCUAGAAAAUAUCUUCUACAAGAAAAAGAUCAAGACAUACAAGACGCUAAGAAACAUUUGCAAAAAAUGUUCUACGUACACUACGGAAUGAUUUUGUCCGUGAUGACGCUAACCUUUCGAUUUCUGCUCCAAAAUGAAUUUAUAAAAACUUUCAUCUGGCGAACAUUCAAAUCGUUAUUAUCACAAUUUAAUAUAACUUAUUCGAAGAUCACAGAAAUAAGCUAA